GUCUGGUCCCCGCGGAGCCGCACAACUUCCCGCGAGCUCAGGCCAAAGUGAGCGCAAAGUGCUGCCCAAGUUGCGGCGAUGGAGCUUCAAAGCCGGUCCGAGGCGCUGGCGGUGGAACUUGCGCGCCACCAGAACGGCGACCUCAAGAAGCAGCUCCACGAAAGGCAGCCACGGAUCGCAGCGCUCAACGACAAACAAGCUUUGGGAACCACCACAGCAGUGCCUGUCACGGGUCCUCAGGUCAGCUCCCUGCAGAGGUUGGCCGGGCAAGGAGCAGCUGUGCUACCUCAGGUUAGGCCAAAGACUCUGAUUCCAGACAGCCUCCCUGUAACCCCGGGCAGGGACCGGCCACCCAAGCAGCCCCCAACAUUCCAAAAGGCCACUGUGGUCAGCAUCAAGAACCCCAGCCCAGCCCUCCCCACUGCCAACAACACCGUCAACCAUGUGCCAACACCCAGCAGCCAGACCCAGGCCCUCACCGAGCCCACCGCCAUCACCUCACCCCUGAGCAGUGCCGGGGUGGCCUAUGCCAUCAUCUCCACCUCCCCCAGCAAUGCUGCCACCAUCACCCCCAGCACCACCGUGCCCGUGGCCAGUGACGGCAUCAAAGUGCAGCCCCUCCUCAUCAGUGCUGACAAAAAGGUCAUCAUCAUUCAGCCUCAAGUGCAGACACAGCCCGAGAGUUCAGGAGAGUCCCAGCCAUCCACGGAGGAGCCAUCUCAGGGAGCUCAGGCCACCACGGAAGAUCAGCCCGCCAGCCAGGAAAAUCCUGAGAAAAUCGCCUUCAUGGUAGCUCUAGGCCUGGUCACAACGGAACACCUGGAAGAAAUCCAGAGCAAGCGGCAGGAGAGGAAGAGGAGGAGCACAGCUAACCCUGCCUACAGCGGCUUCUUGGAGACCGAGAGGAAGCGGCUGGCCUCCAGUUAUCUCCACAACCCCCUGUUCCUCACAGCACGAGCCAAUGAGGACCCCUGCUGGAAGAGCGAAAUCACUCAUGAUGAAUUCUGCGCUGCCUGCAAGAGAGGAGCCAGCCUGCAGCCCUGUGGAACCUGUUCUGGGGCCUACCACCUCAGCUGCCUGGACCCGCCCCUCAAGACGGCACCCAAGGGCUUGUGGCUCUGCCCCAAGUGCCAGCGGAAGGCCUUAAAGAAAGACGAGGGUGUGCCCUGGACUGGGAUGCUGGCCAUCGUGCACUCUUACGUCACCCACAAAACAGUGAAAGAAGAGGAGAAACAGAAGCUGCUGCAGCGUGGCAGCGAGCUGCAGACCGAGCACCAGCAGCUGGAGGAGCGGGACCGGCAGCUGGCCUCAGCUGUGAAGAAAUGCCUGGAGCUGAAGACAAGCCUCUUGGCCCGGCAGAGGGGCACACAGUCGUCGCUGGAUCGCAUCCGGGCCCUUCUGAGACUGAUCCAGGGUGAGCAGAUGCUUCAGGUCGCUAUGGCAACCACCAGCCCCACCCCACUUCUGGCUGGGCCCUGGACCAAGCCUUCCACCACCACCAUGCGCACUGCCCUCCAGCACCCCCAGAACCACAACUGACCCCAGGGACCCCAGAUAACGUUCAUGGAAAGUUACUGGGACCUUGCUCUCAAGACCUGGGGGAAAUCUGUCGGCCUUAAUUCAUAAACUCUAUGAAUUUUAGAUGAAAAUAAACUAGACAGAGUGAUGGAGGGGAGAAAGGAGUGAGGUGAGCAUCCUAGAGCCAGAGCCAGCAUGAGGUAAAUCCCUGCCCCCGUGGCAGGGGAUACCUGAAGGCCGGUUGAGGGUGGCUCAGAUCCAGGCACAGGUGGCCCUCCCCCGAAGCUGUCAGACCUCCCUGCCUUUCGCCUUUCGUGGCCAGCUCUCCUGUUGUGUUGCCCUCCUCAGGAGAGGAAGACUUCAGACUGUGGAGAGUGAGGCAGACUGGGCCACGAAUGGCCUGUGGGGAAGUGAGUGGACAACAGGUAGCUGGCUAGUGGAGUGGGCAGGGUGAACCCCUGGUACGAGAGAGGGUCGCUAGCCAAGGUAGCUCUCCCUGGGGCUCCCUGGCUCUCCAAGGUAGCUCUGCCCUCCUGGCUCCUAACCCACCAGUAUUACUAUUUUGAAAAGUCAGUCAUAUAGCUGGACAAGGGAGGCCGCCUUCUCCUGGGGUAACCGCUGCAUGGGCUGCCCAGCCUGGCCUCUGCCUCAUCCUUCCCUAGCCCGCGCUCUUGCUGCCGCCCACCUCUUCCUAUUGCCAAUCUCUGGAAUUUUCCUCAUGGAGUUCUGGGCAGGGGAGGCCCCUGGCAGGCUUCACCUCACAACGGGAGCCUUUUGGGCACUCUCCUUUGCAGGAGCCACCAAGCCUCCUUGCCCACUCCUUGCCAGUUAAAGACACUAUGCCAAAAAGAGCUUCACACUUUUUGUAUAGAGGUUUUUUUUGUUGUUGUUGUUGUCGUCAUACGAUCCGUAAUGUGAAUUGCGCCCCUGCCUGCCUUCCUCUGCAUCUGGUAGUCUCUGCUCCGAUGCAGGAAUGGGGAAACCUCCCCUGAGAGGGACCACAUGGAGCACCCAGAAGGGAUUUAGAGAUCCAGGGGGGAAGGCAGAGAGGGUGGUGCACCUAAGGGCCUGGCCUUUGGAGACUCCAGGACCCCCAAUGCUGUCUCCUCAUUUGCAGGGAGUGUAGGCUCCUAGGCCCCCUUGGGGAGUCCUGCACCCCUGUGAGCCAUGCAGCCCACCUCGCAAAGCCCCACCCUGUCCCGAGGGACCCAGCACAACCCAUACUCGACCAGGAGCCACAGGGCUCCCCUGAGCAUAUCACAUGGUGCCGAAUCGCAGUGAGUGUGUGUGCACUCACCAGGGCCACAGACGCACACCCCUGUGCACGCAGGCGCGCGCGCUCGCAGAGUGGGAAGGCCGGCCGGGACCCCACCCACUGGCCGCUUUCCGUGUUGUUAUUUUUUUUUUUUUUUUCACGACUCCGGGAGAAACUGUGCUGUAGGAUACAAAUCUAUUUUAAUACACAUUACACUGGGUUGAACAAGAUUUUUAUAUGCUUUUAUUGAUGAGCGACGUGAGCCGUGUGAGGCGCACGCCCUUCUGUGUUGGUUGCACCGUGCCAACUUUGCGUUACCUCUCGGCUGGCAAUGUAACUGUCUUCAGGUUCUUUUUUGUUGUCGUCGUUGUUGGCUUGAUUUUUCUUCUUGGAUGGAUUGAGUUCAGUUUUGUGAGAAACGCGGGAGGAUGUUGGAAGGUUGGACCCGGGAGGGGGAGCUGCUGACGUGUCUUUGAGACUUAGUUUUUUUGGGGGACCAAGGAGGACCGUCCAGUGGAUAGUGGCUAGAGAAAGUGUUCGUCUUAAGUAUGCCAGUGUAGUUUUCCUUCUGUAUGAUGCAUUAAACCCAAUUUCAAAG